UUUAACCCUUCAAUUUAAACUCUUCAACGUGUCAUUAGAUGCUAAAAUCUCAUGCUAUAAUUCGAUUUUUCCCGUAUUUCUUCAUUCCUGGAAAGAGUAUAUAUAAUGAUGAUAUGAAUAGGGGUUCUCAUUUCAUUGUUUCGCCUCUUCUUCUUGUUCUUCUUCUUCCUUUUAUGUUUAACUCACUGAGUUGCAGAGAAUUAAUGGGUAACAAAUUUGCACUGCUCGUCUUCAUCCUUUCCUUGAGCUGUGCAGUUGCUCUUGCUGAAACGGAUAUUUAUGUGGGCGGAUCUAAAGGUUGGAGUCUGGAAUCCGAUGUUUCAGCUUGGGCAAAGUCCGUUAAGCCUCGUGUGGGAGACUCUCUAGUGUUCAGAUACACGACAGAGUAUGAUGUGCAAGAAGUAUCCCAGUUGGUAUACAAAACCUGUAAUACAAAUUUAAAGCCGAAUCAAGUAUACAACGAUGGCUACACCGUCAUCGAGCUGACUCAGCCCGGCGACCUUUACUACAUUUCUGGCAAUCACUGCAAAGACCUCCGGCUCUACAUCCAGGUUGCUUCAACAUACACGAAAUAAUAUCCAUAUGUUUUCAAAACCAACCUGAUGAGGCAAAAGGGUUGACCAUAUGACAAAUACAUUAUUAACACAUAAUAAUCUUUUAUCAAUUGGUCAAAUUUCACAACCACAAUUAAUGUUAAUAGUACAGUCAAAACUAGCCGCCAAAUGUUGUCAAUUGAAACAAACAAAUUUUGACUAUCACAUUGUGUGGCACCCCAUUUAUCUAGCCUUUACAAACACUAGAUUAAUGUUUUAAUUUUCUUUUAAAUAUGUUUAUAUCUAAAAUGCAUGAUCUUGGUAAUUUUAAAAGUCAAUGGGAUAAUGAGUAGAUAAUAUUUUAUUUAAGAAUUUAUUAAAAUAGUGUAAGAAAUAAAAUAAAAAAAAGAUUAUUAAUAAGUGAUGUCAUAGGUAAUUAUGGGAGUUUGGUGGAUUAAAUGAGGAAAGAGAAUGUUGACGUAACUGAAAUGAUAGGUGAUUGGAGGGUUCUAUUUGUAAUUAUCUUAAAUUACUUGGCUCGUUUGGAGAAGAAACAAUGAAUAUAUGAGGUUUAAUAUGAAAGAAAUCCGAA